UUUCUUAAUUUAUUACGCGUAGAUGGAUGUACGUCCGGGGCUAUACGGUUAUAGAAAUUCAAGCGCACUUUGCGCAAAAGCAGCGCGAAAUGUACGCGCCGAGAAAGAAAGUUCUUUGGUUCGCGAUCACCACUAGAAUCGCGAUAUUAAUAUUACAAGUAAUUUUCAAUGUAUCAAUCCCCGAUCAUCACGCGGACGCGUUUAAAAGACCUUUAGACCUUUCUGCGGAGAAAGUUUCCUCCUGGGACCGAAUAAUUAAUUUUCUGUUCAAUGGCCUUACACGUUGGGAUGGAGAGUACUUUUUACAUAUUGCAAGAUAUGGAUACACGUAUGAAAAUACUCUCGCUUUUUAUCCGUUGUAUCCAGCUAUGAUUCGCAUUAUCGCUGUUAUUUUGACAAAAAUCUUUCCUUCAUUCAACAUCCAAAGUACGAUGAUCCUUGCUGCGAUUUUGAUUAAUUUCGUGUGUUUUGUAAAAUCGGCUAUUAUCUUUUAUGAUCUCACUGAGCGUGUAUUUCAAAAUACCAUAACGGCGUAUAAAGCAGCGAUACUUUACUGUAUAAACCCGGCUAGCAUAUUUUUCUCAGCUCUAUAUUCAGAAUCCAUGUUUGCGUAUUUAACAUUUUAUACCAUGCUUGGAAGUAUCGAAGGUAUAUCUACCAUCUGUUUUCCCGUGGCUUUGUCAACUUUGGUGAGAUCAAAUGGUGUCGUCAACAUUGGCUUCCCUAUAUAUUUCGGGCUUAAAAAUUUGUGCACGUCGGAAAGAAUAGAAAAACAUCAACGAAAGCACGACGUACUAUCAGUCUUGUGGCAUAUUUUGAAAUUAAUCAAAUUAAAAAACUAUUUUGCCAUGUUACGCACAAUAAUUAUAUCACUAUCUCCAUUUGUUCUUUUACAAAUAUACAAUUAUAUGAAAUUUUGUACUUCUACGUUCGACGAUAAGUCGUUAUUGCCAGCUCACAUUUUACAAUAUGCCACAGACAAUAAUCUAUGUCUACCAGGUAGUAUAGAUAUAACGUGGUGUAAUGCUACGUUGCCUUUAGCAUAUUCGUAUGUGCAAAGAACAUAUUGGAAUGUAGGAUUCUUAAGAUAUUAUCAAUUUAAACAAAUACCAAAUUUUAUUUUAGCUCUCCCGAUAUUGUAUAUUAUGUCGCAGUGCAUAAAAGAAUUUUCUCGUGAAUAUAGGGAUGAAUGGUAUUUGUUAGGAUUUUUUGACAGCAAGGCGAAAAGCGAAGGUGCUGUUGUAAAGAAAUAUCCAUUGAACAUGUUUGUCUUUGUGGUACAUGGUUUAUUUCUAACCAUAUUUUGCUUAUUCUUUGUACAUAUCCAAGUCAGCACACGUUUAUUAGCCUCUGCAACUCCCUUGCCAUAUUGGUAUUGCGCGUUGACCGUGUCUCACAAAUGCGUUGACCAUAUCGAUUUACGAUACGAAAGUGACGAAAAUAUGUGUUCCAAGUGGAAAGUAUUUUUCUUAUCUCAAAAUCGAUAUACAUUGCAAGAUAAAUUUGUAUUAUUUUACUUUAUAGGAUAUACAAUCGUAGGAUGUUUUAUGUUUGCAAAUUUCUUGCCAUGGACUUGAUAUGUUACAAAUUCUAUAUACGUGCGAGAAACGUCCUUCCUGUUUAUCCUCUUUUUAUUGCGUGAACGUUUCUAAAUUUUUCGAAUAUAUAAUCUUGUGUAAAGAAUAAUCUUUGGAGUCGAAAAGUGUUUGUGAAUAGUAGAAUAUUACGUUUAUUAUUUUGUAUAAAUAUUUAAAGGAAGAUAACUGUUUUUAUGUCUUCUGAAUUUACGUGUGUAGAUAGGUAAUAUGUAGAAUUCUGUGAAUAGGCAUAUUACUUUUCGAUGAAACGCUUGUUGUAUAUUUCUACGAAAUAAAAAGAGAACUAUUUAUAUGUAAAAAAAAAAAAAAAAA